AUGUCGCACCAGGAUAACUACAGCACGUUAGAAGUGGAUACCAGCGCCGAACUGCCACAGGUCAAACCCACUGAUAAUCCACCACAAGCUCUUCCCAAGGAUGCUCUUCCUGAGGUAGCGGCUCCAAGCGAGGCAAAAUCUAGGUCAGCGGAGGCCGCAACGAUAUGCGGUCUGCGCAAAGCCAUCUUUUGGGCCUCAGUGAUUACCGCGGCUCUAGUAGUCAUCGGAAUUUCCGUGGGAGUCGGGGUCGGCGUUAGUGUAACUCGACACAGAAACUCCAAUGCGGGAAACAACUCAAUUACUCAAGACAACAUAUCCGGUCGUCCUGCGCCAUUCUCACGAAUCUCAGCCUCUAACUACACUGACAAACAAGGUCUUGAACAUGUACAUGUAUACUUUCAAGACAGCUGCCUUAACAUCUGGAUGGCUGAUCGGGAAGUGCGCAAGGACGAGUGGGAUUUGUCUCCUGUCAACACAACCGGGAUGGCCCCCCGAAAGGGCACACCUAUCGCUGCUUUUGAUUCGGUCGACCGUAUGAAUACUGAUUUUCAUCUCGACUUCUCCUCCAGCAACAACAAAAUUCGCAACAUCUGGGCUGCAGACCGGGGGAGCUCUGCCUGGGAGAUAGCCUCUGCUCCCGACGACACAUGGGAAAUUACGGAGAAUUCGGGCCUUGCGGCAUACGACACACAGUGCUACACUUACUGUGAGGACCAAAACGAGGCCUGUUUUAAUUGCACAAUUAUUACGAUUUACGUUUUCCAAUCACCAGUCAGGGACAAUCAGACCGCUGUCGCAUAUCCCUAUAAUAAUGCUGUAUACUUUGGUACAUACCUGCCAGACGGUGUUGGCCCGGACGACGGCACAUCAUACGCGCUCGUUCCCAUCCAACCUAUCGCCACAUUAGGUGACAAGGAGCCGAACGUGGCGCUAUACCUCAGCGCACAAGGGAGAUUGAGCGAGCUUUUCUUUGCAAAAAACAAUAGGCCCCAAUGGAAAGAUUCAAAUCUAAACCUAAACAUGUCUAUCCCCACCGGAAGCCAAAUUGCAGCCAUGUCAUAUACCCAAAACUCAUUGCGAUACGGCCAAGUCAUCUUAACCAAAGAAGACGGCGGUGUCAUGAUGGCGUAUUUGGAUGGCUUUCCGGCAAAUGAUUGGACCUCAGUCACAUCCGUAGACGGAAUGGAGAACGUGAUAGCACUCUCCCCAAUCACUGCAACCCAGUCCGGCCAGGUAUACGCGCUGGAACGCGAUGAGGACAGAGUACACAUUGUGGAGUUUAAUCGGACAUCGGUUACCGGAAUGCUUACCGGAAUGCCUACGUUUGAACGUCUAGGGCCUAUAAAAAUCCCAGAGAGUACUACUCCAUGCUGA